CGCACAACGCAACGUAAUUUCGGUCUUGUAUUUUUCGCUACAGAGUAAAAAUUAAUUUAUAAUUCGUAGUCAAGUUAAUUGCGUGAUUCAUCAGGGCAAAAACGCAGGAAACCAAACAACCACGUUUUUGCAAAUAAUUGUCAGCCUUUCGAGUUAAUUUAAAUCGUGAUCAAUAUGCCGACCAUCAAAUUGCAGUCUUCGGAUGAGGAGAUUUUUGAUACCGAUAUACAAAUUGCCAAGUGCUCUGGAACAAUUCGCACCAUGUUGGAGGAUUGCGGCAUGGAGGAGGAUGAGAACGCCAUUGUGCCAUUGCCCAAUGUGAACUCCACAAUUUUGCGCAAGGUCUUGACCUGGGCCAAUUAUCACAAGGAUGAUCCCCAGCCAACCGAGGACGAUGAGAGCAAGGAGAAGCGUACCGAUGAUAUCACAUCCUGGGAUGCCGAUUUUCUUAAAGUCGAUCAGGGCACACUCUUUGAACUGAUUUUGGCCGCCAACUAUUUGGAUAUUAAGGGCUUGCUGGAAUUAACCUGCAAGACUGUCGCCAAUAUGAUCAAGGGCAAGACUCCAGAGGACAUACGCAAGACAUUCAACAUCAAGAAGGACUUUACUCCCGCCGAGGAGGAGCAGGUGCGCAAGGAGAACGAAUGGUGUGAGGAGAAGUAGAUUGGAUUGGAUUGGAUGGAAAAUCGAAAAUCGGCAGGACGAUGGGGGAUGGGGAGGACGCACUGUGGCUUCUUUUGUCACCCGCUAGUUUUGGAAGGCUUCGUUAUUAACAUGAUAAAAACAAAAUAACUACAAUAUAAAUAAACUAAAAUGAUGAAAUUCGUGUUCGCAAGAAAAACGAAUUUGCUUAAUCAAUUACGUAUUAAAUAAGACUACAGAAUCUCCAUUCCGAUUUGAAGGAUUUCUCCAUUUACAUUCGGAUAUUGUUCUGAAAUACAUAGUUCGUUUUUGGUUUCAAUUCGACACAUUUGGGAUAAACAAUUUUUGACCAGCAUUCUUUAGAUGUAUGAGAUCAGACAUCAUUGAAAUUCGGAAAAUUAGUUAAUUUUUUCAAAAACUCAACAUAUGUUUGAGUGGGAGUCAAUACAUUUGCCAGAUAUGUUUUCAGAAAACAUGUAUUGAAAUGUGAAAAAAUUAAGGAAGUUAAAAAAGGCCGAACAAAAUUUAUUUCGGUCAUUAACAAAAUAAAAUUUAAGUUGAGUUGAAUGUAAGAAUUUUAAGACUUUUUUCAAGUAUCAAUAAAUAAGUACGUAAUAUA